AUGAUGACACCAACGGAAACCACCAACUCUGAUGACAUUUUCAAGGAGCUGGGACUGAAUACACAAGCCAAUAUCUGCUCGAAUGAGAAAUCAAUCUCCCCUUCGAACUUUCUGAACAGUGUCUUGCAAUCGGAUGAGGAUUCGGCUUGUGAUGUGGAUCGAUGGGCAUCGAGCUCGAUUGAGGACUCCUCGUCGCAAGUGAAGUGAGUUUAUGGUAUUUGCGACGAUAAUUUUCAAUAUUUUUGAGAAAAUUCGGGGAAAAUUGAAAAAAAAAUAUUUGUAACAUUUUUUUUUUAAAUUUUUUUAAAUAUUAAAAAAAAUGUUUGGAUCUUUUUUCAGUAAAUAUCCAGAUUUUUGGCGUUACAAAUUGACCUCCAUUUUCAGAUAUUUGUAUAAAAUUAUAAAAAAAAAGAAAAAAAAUCAAAGAUGCCGUAAAAAUUUUGGCCAGAAUUUUUUUCCGGACGCUUAAAUUUUCUUUAUUAGCUGUCCGGCGCGUAUUUUACCUUUCGACCAAUAAAAAAUCAUUUCUUUCAGUGGUUCCGAGAAAGUGAAAGAACUUGAAGAAGAGCAUAGUCGAUUGUCAGAGUCUGUAUUGACUUUGAGCACGCAUUUUGCCCACAUUCAGUUCCGACUUCAACAAAUAAAUGCAGCGCCGAAUGAAAAUCGAGAUGUAAGUUUGGGAAGUUUAUAGACGUUUUUUUUAUUUUAGGGGAGUUUGGAAAACUUGCAUAUUUAAAAAAAAAAUAAUAAUUUGGAGUAAAAUUUGCAUAAUUUCUUGAAAAAUAUCUUUGAGAUUUUUUUGCUAUUUUGCUGCAAAAAUUUGCAUAUUUUUUUUAAAAUUAUGCAAAUUUUCUAAAAAAAUUAUUUUCAAAAAAUUUGAAUAUUUUUAGCAUAUUUGCUACAUCUCGCCUGAAAUUUUUGAUUUUUUUUCCAUAUUUUUUCAAUCCAAAAAAUUUGCAUAAUUUUUUAAAAUUAUGCAAAUUUUCUAAAAAAAAUAUUUUUAAAAAAUUUGAAUAUUACCAUAUUUGUUACUUCUCUCUCAAAAUUUUACAAAAGAAAAUUUUUCUCCAUAAUUAAUUCAAUCCCAAAAAUUUGCAUAAUUAUAAAAAAAAUUUCAGGAGAUGCUCAAAGAGCUCCUCGAUUUUGCCUCUCAAGGUUGCAUUGACAUAACAGAUGUCCGAGCACAAGCCAAAGAGCUCAAGAAGCUUCAAGAAACUGAUGGGGAGACCCCUCAAGUCAAGGAAAAAAGAGCCCAUGUCCUCGAUUUGAUUCAAAAACUCCGACAACAAACCGAGGACCUGGAGAAGUUCGCCUAUGAUUUUGGGCAUGGAGGAAUGCCAAUGUCGGAAUUGAAGUUGCGCCAGAAAAUGGUGUUCGACAAAUUGCAGGAGAAAAUACGGCUCAAAAUCGAUAUGGAAGACAAUGAUCCGGAAUCGUUGAGGAAGACGUUGGAUGAGGGGAUUGAACAGGUAAGAAAAAAGAUUUUUUCACCUUUUUGGAUGUUUAGAAAGUAAAAAUAAGACUAGAAUAAAGGCAAGACCAAAAAAUAAAUUUUUUAUAUCAAGCUGUUAGGAAAAUAAUGAGCGCGAUGUCAUUAACAGGGGAAGUACUCCAAGUGCGACGCUCAGAUUUUCUUUAAAUUUUGCACACAUGUCGGGCAUGAACUAAAUAAACAAUUCCUGAAAGUUUUUGCUCGCGCUUUGCGGGAGCCGCCAAGAUAUAGAGCGAUUUUUGCCGCCGAGAGAGCACGCUAACCGUGGAGAGCGGUCAGAGAAAAAAAAGUUUUUUGGCCAUAACUUUGGCAGUUUCGUGCGGAAAAAUUUGAUUUUUUGUAGAAACAUUAUUCUUUACGGUAGAAAUAGGCAUGAAACUUUUCGUGCCAAAAUUCCGCUACCAUUCCUAAAUUUUCGCCGAUUUUCGAUCUAAAAAUCUCGGUUGUUUCUGCAAAGCGCGAGCUAGGAUUCUCGCAUAUAUCUUAGAAAACAUUAUUCCAAAUUUAUGCCAAGUUUCAUCAAAAUCUGAGCGUCGCACUUGGAGUACUUCCCUUGUAAGCGCAAUUUCACUACGCCACAUCGCGGAAGUGAAAUUUUUUCAAAUCCAAUUUUUUUGCUGACUCGAAUUAGAAUAUUCAAAAUAGAAAUUGUUUUUGAUUUUAUUUUUAAUGUAAAUACAAACAAAAAGGGGUUCCGAAUGUCUGACAUUAGUCAUUGUUUGAUUAGAAUAGAGAGGGCCUCUGGGAAUCAAUGGCCAUUUAACGGUUUGAAGUCUAAAAUUGGAAGUGAAAGAGAUAUAUUUUUGAAAAAUAUAGAAUUUUAAAAGAAAAUUUUGAGGGGAAGGUAAUUCAAAAUGCUUUUUUGAAGUUUUUUUUUGUAAAAUACGAAGGCGGGAAUAGUCGAUGUUUUCCGAUAUUUCGAUGAGAUAUGAUGGCUAUUAAGGUUGCAAAGUUUACAACUUGACGUUCCAGUCACAUUGUCAAGCUGCCAUAAUUGUUUCGGAGUUGGACGAUUGGGGAAACCGAAAAGUAUUAUUUUUCUCCGAUGCAAUGUCGAAAUUAGGAUAAUCGAGGGUGCUCAUUUCGAAAAUGACAUUCAUUUUUUUGAUUCUUACUUUUUUUCUUACGUAGUACUGUUAAGUAGUAAUUUUUUGAAAAUUUUCCAAAAGUAGUGAAUUAGGGGUUUUCCAAGGUGCUGGUACUAUAUAGUAUCAGAUAGUACUAAUUAGUACUAGAGGGAAAGUUAACAUCAUUUUCGAGACCAGCACCUUCAGAAACCCCAAAAAAAAGUCAAAAAUUACUACUUUACAGUACUACUUAAGAAAAACAGUAAGAAUCAAAAAAAUGAAUGUCAUUUUCGAAAUGAGCACCUUUGGAUGUCAGAUUAAAAAAGCAUUCUUGGAAAAUUUUAAUUUCCCCCAUUUCAGGUCCUAAACCCAAUCAAAGAAAAGGACAAGCUAGUGGACCAAUUGCAAACUCAAAUCACAGACCUCGAAAGAUUCGUCCAAUUCCUUCAGCAAGAGCCGAGGUCGGAGGACGAUUUGAGUGCCAUCAGAUCCUUCGAAUCCGCCUAUAAGCCAGCGCCGAGGAAGAGUUCGAUAUUGUCCAUGUUCGGACUGUACAAUCCAAGGCAUUUCGAGAGAAAUGAACUGAAGAAGAGUCCGGUGGGAAAUCAUUAUGGGUGAGUUGAAAAAUUACAUUGACAAGGGAAGUACCCCAAGUUCGACGCACAGAUUUUCUUUAAAUUUUGCACACACGUCGGGAAUAGACUAAAUAUCAACUCCUGAAAGUUUUAGCUCGCGCUUUGCAGGCGCCGCCGAGAUAUCGAACUAUUUUUGCCGCCGACAGAGCACGCUAAACGUGGAGAGCGGUCAGAGAGAAAAACGCCUUUUUGGCCACAACUUCGGCGGUUUCGUGCGGAAAAUUUUGAUUUUUUGUAGAAACAUUAUCCUUUACGGUAGAAAUAGGCAUGAAACUUUUCGUGCCGAAAUUCGGCAAAAAGUCCUAAAUUUUCGCCGAGUUUCGAUCUAAAAAUCUCGGUUGUUUCUGCAAAGCGCGAGCUAGGAUUCUCGCAUAUAUCUUAGAAAAAAUUAUUCUAAAUUUGUGCCAAGUUUCAUCAAAAUUCCGCCGUGAGCUAGGUGGGCCUUGCACGUCAAACUGGGAUAAGCUAAAACAGCCCGGUGAAUGGAUUGGCAAUUUGCGAAAAAAAGACGCGAAAAAACGUUUUGUCGGGGAAGAAACGAGGAAUUUUUGGGGCGAGAGAGUACGCUUUUGCGUGUCUUUUUUCUCUCUUUCUCUGGGAAUCAAGACGAAAUGUAAAAAACCGAUAACGAAGAGUCUAUUCCGGUCACCGGACUCCUCAGUUUGACGUGCAUCGGUCAGAACGUUUUUGAAAAAAAUUUUUGAUUUUUUCGGACUUGUUAUCAAUUUUAUAAGGGAUAUUUUCAUCUUAUUCUUUGAAAAAAUCGAUAUUUUAAAAAAAGUUUGUGGAUAAUUAAAAAAAAAUUUUUUUGAGGCUUUCCGAUAACACAUAAAUUUGAGAUUUUCUUGACCUGCCAAAUGUAAUGUCCUCAUGGAAAAUUUACUUUUUUUGGACAAAAUAUGGGCUCCGUACAACAAAACCUUCAAUAAAAAAUAUUUCUUUGGGACCUUGCGAUUCUUUGUGCAUAGUACUGACUAUAUUUUAUUUUUGAUUUUUUUGAAGACCUCCGUUUCAGAGACCAACGAGCUCAACUUGAACUAGCCGUGGACAAAGUCAUCGAGGUCAUGAAACAACGACAGUUAUUGACUUUUGAUCAUCCAGAACGGGAAGACAUGACUGUGGAAGAACUAAAUCAGGUAAUUUUCUCUAUCUUUCAACCGCGUAUUUUACCUACAAGAACUUUUUUUGCAAAAAAAAUAUUUUUGAUUCAAAAAUAUAAAGGAUUUUUUUAGCAACUCUUCGAGCUGAGCGACGAAGCCGUGGUCUCAGUUGUCCGAAAACAAUUAGCUCCCUGCCUAAAAGCAUUGCUGGAGCAUGGAAUGAAAAAAGUUGUCGAGAAUGCAAGCGCUUUCAAUGCGUUGAACUACCUUGGCUUUGGGUGCAUGUCUCGUCGAGGGAAACUGCGAAGACGUGAGUUGAGAUUUUUUUUGGGAAUUUACAUUUUUUCAUUGUGCGAAAUAAAAGUGUGGCAAUUUUUUGAAUUUUUAUCCUUCAAAUUUCUGCACAGUGCAAUAUAAAAAUUUUUUUGCACGGUGCAAUUUUGAGAAUUUUCUGCACAGUACGUAAAAAAAAGUAUUUUUGCACAGUGCUUUGAGAAUUUUUUUUGCACAGUGCAAUAUAAAAAAUUUUUUGCACGGUGCGGAAAAAUAAAAAUUUUGCACGGUGCAAUUUUGAGAAUUUCCUGCACAGUGCGUAAAAAAUUUUUUUGCACAGUGCUUUGUGAAUUUUAUUUGCACUGUGCAAUAUAAAAAAUGUUUUGCACGGUGCGGAAAAAUAAAAAUUUUGCACUGUGCAAUCUUAAGAAUUUUCUGCACAAUGCAUAAAAAAGUGUUUUUGCACGGUGCUACGUGAAUUUUUUUGCACAGUGCGAUAUAAAAAAUGCUGCACAGUGCGGAAAAAUAAAACUUUUGCACGGUGCAAUUUUAAAAAUUUUCUGCACAGUGCAUAAAAAAGCAUUUUUGCACUGUGCGAUGUAAAAAAUAUUUUGCACGGUGCGAAAAAAUAAAAAUUUUGCACAGUGCAAGAAUUUCAAAAAUCUGCACUGUGCAUUCAAAAAAUUUUUUUUCCAACGAAAAAACAAAGCUCAUUUUUCAUUUUCAGAGAGCUCGAUAAGCGAUGGGAAGCAACUGAUUCAUGUGUGGAACAUAAUCGAGCUGUAUUAUGAAGUGAAAAAAGCUGAGGAACGAGAAGAUGCGGCGGUGGGACAGCUGACUCAGACGUUCAAUUUGGACUCUGUUGCGGGGAAACAAGCAACUUCUCAACAAGUAAGAGGAUUUUUAUGGAUUUUUAGGGGAAUUUUACGGAUUAAAAAAAAUUUUUUUUGAUUUUUUGAGAUUUUUUCGUAAAAAAAAUAUUUUUUGAUAAAUUUUGAGCCUCAAGGUUAUUGGUAAGCAAAAGAAAAAGGCUUGUUUUUUAUUGAAUGACAUUUUACGACGACUUUUUUAUAUUACUUUAGGCAAAAAAAUCAAAAAUUUGUGAAAAAAUUGGUAUUUUUUUCAAAUUUCUUGUUAAAAAUUGCAUCGAUUUUAUGGCCAUAUCGUAUUUUACCCGAUUACAACUCCCUCGCAUUUCCAGGUCCUUCUCGCCACCAUUGAGAACAUUGCGACCAGCCAUGACAAGCUCAAACGCUCAUUGGACGCCAAAUGGAAGGCGUUUGUUUCGGCGGCCCUGAACUCGAAACGUCUUCCCGCAUGGAUCCGAAUCAUUUUCCGCUCGGACUUUGUCAUUUACCGCUGCUACGAGACCUGGUCGUAUGUCUGUCGGACCGGCUGUGAGGAUAUUCGGCCGUUGUUGGAGAAGUUGCACGAAUUUAUGUUCGAAUUACCGGUUGAUCUCGCCAUCAGGCCGUUCCAGCAGAAUCGCGAUGCGUUCUAG